AGUCUUCGGGAGAAUUUCAUUCACUUCAGGUUAGGACUCCUGUUGGAGCAACGAGAGGGACGCGGCCGCUUCUGUCGACCAAAACUCGCUGGAAAAUAAAUUAUCCCGCCGCUCUUCUGGAUACAAACACAGUCGGCUGUAAAGAGUCCCGCCGGACCGCAGAGAGGCUCCCGGACUGGUGAAUCCGGUCGCAGUGAUUGAUCCCGAUCGAACCGUGCGUUUGGACGCGUAAACGUGAGUGCGUGAUCCGUUCGGACUCGCGCACAGUCACAGGUUGCUAGCGGAGUUUACGCUAACCGAGGCUAGCAGAGUUAGCAGGCAGCGGGACUUAAGAGCCGCUUCUCCCGGAUUCUGGGACUGCUACCCGCCGGGGUUAACCGUAGAAACCCGGUCAGACUUUCCCGGAGAGAGUGCUGGAGGCUCUAGCCAUGAUGUGUUGUUGUUCCGGGCGUUUAUCCAGCUGGCCGCCCGGUAGCAUCGGAUGAGUGCAGCGCAACGGCAGUUGGUGUUUUUUCCUCCGUUUGUUUAAAAGCUGGACUUUGGCUCCUGAGUUGCAACCCAGUCGCCUCUGCUGGAUGAAAACCAGCUAUUGACUCUAUUGGAGCGGGAUUCAAAACACUUUUUCUGUUUGCUUGCGUUUACUGGAAGAGCUAGAAGAAAAGUUUAGUGUUUGGAGGAUUUUUCCGAAGCGUGUGGAAAAAUGGAUGCGGGUAUAGAGAAGGAAUGCAGCGCCUUGGGAGGGCUUUUCCAGCUCAUCAUGAGCGACAUGAAGGCCAGCUAUCCCACCUGGGAGGAUUUCGUCUCCAAAGGAGCCAAGCUGCAGACCCACCUCAGGACGACCCUCCUGCUCACCGGAGCCUUCCUGGACGCCUUCCAGAAAGUGGCGGACAUGGCGACUGGGACCAGAGGUGCCACCAAGGAGAUCGGCUCAGCGCUCACCAGGAUGUGCAUGAGGCACCGCAGCAUCGAAUCCAAGCUCAAACUGUUCACCACAGCGCUGUCAGAAAGUCUCAUCGUACCUCUGGAGUUAAAGAUGGAGGAGUGGAAGAAAGCGGCGAGCCAGCUGGACAAAGACCACGCCAAAGAGUACAAGAAGGCCAGAGCCGACAUCAAGAAGAAAUCCUCAGACACCAUCAAGCUGCAGAAGAAAGUGAAGAAAGGGAAGGGCGACGCUCGCGGCCAGCUGGACUGCGCCCUGCAGGACGUCAACACGCGCUACGCCGCCCUGGAGGAGACGGAGAAACGGGCCGUGUGCCGCGCCUUGGUGGAAGAACGAUCUCGCUACUGCAGCUUUGUCAGCAUGCUGAAGCCGGUCCUGGACCAUGAGAUCAACAUGCUGGGCGAAGUGACCCACCUGCAGACCAUCCUGGAGGACCUGAGCGUUCUGACUGCUGAACCCACCAAGCUGCCGGCCGCCAGCGAACAGGUGAUUUUGGAUCUGAAAGGUUCAGACUUUAACUAUACCUACCAGACCCCCCCCGGUUCCCCUGGCAACAUGUCCAGGAAGAGCAGCAUCAGCAGUUACCAGUCGGGGUCGGUGAGGCACGUUCCCUCGUUGGACUCCAUCAGCUGCGCUGUGGAUGGCGUUCACCUGCAGCCUGCUGCCCCUUACCCGCUGUACGGCUGUGAUGAAGGUGGGCGGUCCCUCAGCGAGGGCAACUCCCCCUCCUGCCUGAAUCGCCAUGGCAACCACAUCCCUGUCACCAGCUACAGGCGGCGUGGCGCUCAGAGCUGCCGGGUUAGCCGCCUGGACAUGAGCGCCGUGAGGAUUACAGUUAGUACCGACAUCAUGACAUCAUCAUGGAAGCAGUGGUUACCACCCAGCCACCUGCAGGGAGCCUCAGAAAACGGCCUGCUGCCCCCACCCCACGGCGCCUACAUCCAUCAGCACGGCGAGCGAGCCAGAGCCAUGUCAGCGUCUGGGAAGUCGUGCUCGGCGCGGGAUCAGCUGGCUUUGACGUUGGGUGCGUUGAAUUCGGACGCUCCGAGGAGCAGCAGGGACUCUCUGCACUGUUCAAGCGGCUACAGCACCCAGACCACCACGCCGUCCUGCUCCGAGGACACCAUCCACACGCACACCGACUACGAGUCGAUCUCUCUCCACGGAGACGCUGACUCCGCCCCCUUCCACCAGCUGUACGGCAGCCGCUCCGACCUGGACAAGUCCUCCACCCUCCCCAGGAACUCGGACCUGCGCUUCCAGUUCAGAGACUUGGCCCAUUCCAAGCGGCCGACCUCCACCGUCAGCCUGCUGGCCGACGGUGAGCCGAGUGGCGGCGGCCAUCAGCACGCCGUUCACACUGCCACCAUCCGCCGCAAGCCGUCCUCCAAGCCGGCGUACCGCCGUGGCACCAUCAGCGGCGGCGUGCCCAUCCCCAUCAGCACGCCGCAGGUCCCGCUGUGGGCAGGCGACGAUGGCGUGUUUAGGGCGCCCCCCGCUGGCGGCUUGGGGCACAGCAUGCUGUGCACCUCCACCCAGAGCCUCGUCUCCCUGCCUUCCUCCUCCUCCUCUUCCUCGCCGUACUACCAGUUCGUUCCGGGUCACAUGCCCAUCCCCGCCGUGCCACCGCUGCCACCAGGGGGCGGCAGCAUCAGGCAGCAGCAGCAAAGGCUGCAGCUGCAGCAGCAACAGCUGCAGCAACAGAACCAGCAACAACAGUUUCAGCAACAAAAUCAACUGCAGCAACAUGCACAGCUGCAGCAACAGAGCCAACAGCUGCAACAAAAUCAGCUGCAGCAACAUGCACAGCUGCAGCAACAGAGCCAACAGCUGCAACAAAAUCAGCUGCAGCAACCGCAGCAACACAACGAGAAACAUGCACAGCUGCAGCAACAGAGCCAACAGCUGCAACAAAAUCAGCUGCAGCAACACAACGAGAAACAUGCACAGCUGCAGCAACAGAGCCAACAGCUGCAGUUGCAGCUUCAAAACCUGCAUCUCCAUAAUCAGCAGCUGCAGCAUCAGCAGCAGUACAGCCCAGCUGCAGCAAUCCCACCGCCCGUCUCCAACCAGCAGGACGCUGCAGGCGCCGAUAUGCUGACGCUCAUCAGGAAGGUGAAGCUGAAAAGAACCCUGACCAACGACCGCUCGGCCCCCAUGCUGCCGCCGCCGCCACCGGGCCUCUGAGGCUGCAGCAGCAUCAUGCAGCAUCGUGCCGCGACGGCUCCUCUUCCUUUGACAGAGGUCCAUGUUCGCGUUCUGACCUGCAGCUCGGUUCAGACUCCCGUUUCCAUAGUUACUGCAAAACAAACCGUUCGGGUUGCGGAUCCCUUGUUGGGCCGGGUGCGUUUGAUUCGUUGCCUGCAGACUUCCAGGUGGGCGGGGCUUAACAAGCUCCUCUGUUUCAUGGUUGGUCCUGCUGUGACGUUUAGUUGGUACCGGGUCACAGGUCCGAUUCCCCCCCAGGUAAAACCAGACUGUUUCCAUGGAAACAACUAAAUUUGUUAAUGAAGACGAAUGUUGGCUUCACUGUAAACAAUCAGAAGGUUCCAAACAGGAUGGAAGUUCUGCUGUUAGCCUGUUAGCGUAGCAGUUAGCGUAGCGGUUAGCGUAGCUGGUUAUGAUGAGCAGCUCCAACACGACAGGAAGGCAGAUUCUGACCUGAUUUAUCUCGUAUUCCUGAUAAAAUAGUUUUUUAAAAUCCAAAACUGAAUUCUUGUAGAUAAUUUAGAGAAAUAUUUUACUCUGUAAAGGUUAUUUUGUUAAAUUAAGAUAAUAAUGUACCAAAAACAUGUUUUGGGUUUAAUUUUUGUUUAAUUAUUCAUGUUUUUUAAAUGCUCCAAACAUUUUUAGACUAGAUGUUUGUUUUUAUUCUUAAAAGUUAAAAUAUGCAAACAUUUAGUUUAUUUUCCCUCAGUUUCUUUGCAGAACUGAUCGACUCUUUAAUGUUGAUUCAAUCGUCUUAAACUCAUUUAAUAUUAAAUCAAGUGAAUUAAUGAGAUUCUGCGCUGGAAGGAGGAGCUAUUCAGUUAUUAAAGUCAGAAACAGUUGAGUAAAUAAAAAGCUUUUAAUCUUAUUUAUUCCAGAUUUAAAUGAUUUAUCUGCAGAGUUUGGUUGGGCUGAAAAAGCUGGUUCUGUUUUCAUCCUGGCCCGGUUUCAUUAAAGUGGAGCAGCAGAUUUCCGAACAUUGGAGGUUUUUUAGUUUUAGUUUUCUUCCUCAGUUGUUAAAGUUUACAGAAAUAAAUCAGGACGUUUUUGCUGAACGUCUUGAUUUUAUUAUGCAAACAUUUUAUUUGGUAAACUUUCCAAACUGAUUUGUGUUUUGCAUCGCAGCUUUUCUGAUCAGCUGAUUGGCUGUUUGGACCCGACUCUUUCCUGUGAAUAUUGGAGCUUCUGUUCCUAGAAGAGAUUUUUGUAUAAAAAUAUUUCAGUUGAUUUGAUGUUUUGCCGCUCAGCUUUAAGGAGGAAACCUGAUUGGACUGAAUGCAGGAGGUGGACCCGUCUGGUUCUGUUUGGGAUCAAGAACAAUAAUAAUAAUAAUGAGAAUAAUGACAGCGGUCUUUAGUGUUUACUUUGAUCCGUUUCUACUAAAACUGGAACUUCAAACUUUUGUUUUGGGUAAAGCUGCAAUAAAAACUUGUUCAGAAUUUUGCCUCCAGUGUUUAUCAGGAAAUCUGGUUAUUAUUAUUAUUAUUAUUGCAGGUUUACUUCGGUUUCAUGACGUUUUUAAACUGGAAAACAUUUCCUCUGACUUUUAUCUGAAACGUUGGAUCAUUUUGUUUUGUUUUGCUCUGAAAGUUCAGUUGUUUCAUAUAAACUCCAGCAGGAGAAAAGUCGAACUUUUGGAUCUGAAACUAAAUGUUGAAGUUAUUUUGUGGAGAAAAGGGUAAAGUGAUUUGCAGACCAGCUUCUCUGAAACCCAGAACUUUGUGCCUGAAACACGUCGAGAGAAAAAACAGAAAAACUUCAUUUAUAGGAAAGCUUGCAAUGCAGCCAGCGACCACAGAGGGCGCUCGUUGGUUCAGUGAACUGACUCUUAACCAGUUCAGACUGGUUAAAAUGACUUGUUUCAUGUUCAUAGUUCAGCCCUAGACGUUUUUGAAAAGUUCCACCUUGAACCAGUUCGUUCAUUCAUUCAUUCAAGAAUCGUAUUGAUUAGGACUUGAUCAGCGUAUUGAUUAGGAUCCUAUCGGGCCCGAUUUUCUGCUGUCAUUCCUAAAUUCAGUUUCAUCAACAGAAAAGGGAAAUUACACAACAACAUUUUUAAUUCCAUGUAAAUAUUUGGGCUGAUUUUAAUUUUGCUGUUUUGGUCAAUAACUAAUAAUUAUUUUAAAAAUUUAUAUCUAAUUUAUUUCCCUUUUAACACCAUAAUAAACAUUUCCGUUGUGCUUC